AUGGUUGUAGAGGUGGAAUUAUCCAUUAUAUUACCGAGACAAGAACAAGAAACAUCGAUAGAUAAAACAUCCAAUCCAUCACCACCGCCACCACAAUCAUAUUCACCAUCAACAUCAACAUCAUCAGUCUCUUCUUCAAUUGAAACUGCAUCAACUGGUUCAAAUCCUUGUGAUCAAAAUAUUACAAAUGGAGAAGUAGUACCAAUUUUAAAAACCCAAGCUGAACAAAAGAAACAUGAUGAAAACUUUAAAAAGAGAGCAUUGGGUAUAGGUAUUGUUGUGGCAAUUGCCAUUCUAAUGACUGGAAUUGGUGAAUUAAAUCAACAUAUUUUAAGUAAUGGAUAUAAUCAACCUUUAGUUCUUGUUUUAUUUAAUACAUUAUUCCUUUCAUUGGCAAUACCAAUUGAAAUUGGAGUAUUAUUGUUUCAUCGUAGAAAAGCAAGAAAAUCAAUGGCGACAAAUACUAUUGGUAAUAUUAAUUCUAGCGUUGAAGAGAUUGAAAGAGAAAGGGUAAUGGGUGAAGGAUCGAUGAUUGCCAUUUACAAGUCAGAGUUUUUAAGUGGACUCACAAAGAUGACGGUUCGAUCAUUCUUUUUAAUGACCUUUUUAAUGUGUGUACUAUACGUAUCGUUGAAUUGGAUUUGGUCAAAGGGAUUACCAUUGACAGAAGUUAGUACAUCAAAUGCUAUCUUUCAAUCUGCCACGGUCUGGGUAUUCUUCUUUUCAAUCUUUAUCCUAAAAGAUAAAGUUACCAUUUUAAAAAUAGUCUAUGUCUUAUUCUUUGUUGGUGGUGUUAUUGGUAUUUCAAUUGCUGAUCAUCAAACCAAUGGAUCAAGUUCAAAAUAUCCAAAUCCAUUACUUGGAGAUAUUUUAAUGAUUGUAUCAAGUAUAAUGUGGGCAUUGUAUGAAGUAUUAACUACCAAAUUCACUGGAGAUUGUAAAAGAACAGUGGUAAAUACAUUCAUUGGAGGUAUUGGUUUGUUUAGUGUAUUGAUUGGUAUCCCAAUGUUGUUGGCUGUUCAUUAUUCUGGAUUUGAAAGAUUUGUAUUACCUGAUCAAAGAACUUUCCUUUUGAUUCUUGGUAGCAAUCUUUUGGCAUUUGUUUUAAAUUAUUUAAUUAAUUGGGGUUUGUCUGUAACAUCACCAUUACAUGUACGUAGUGGAGAAUUAAUGACCAUUCCAUUUACAUUGAUAUUCGAUAUUGUAUUUAAACACAUGACAUUCUAUCCAAUUGCAAUUCCAGGUUUCUCAUUAAUCAUUAUUGGUUUUGUUCUUUCACUCUAUGUCGAGAAUAAACAUAUGAAGGAGAAAUUGGCAAAAGAAGCUGAACAAGCUAAAGAAAAAGAACAACAACAAGAUCGACAACAACAACAAGAUCAAGAAUAUAAUAAAACGGUUUAA